UUCUUCUUCUUCUUUCAUCUUUCUCUCUCUUACCACCAGUCAUUUUCAGAAUACCCAAACAAAACCUUUAAGCAAAUGGAAAAAUUAAGAAAUUGGUUUGUCAGCUUCAGUCAAACGAUACCACUUUUCUGUGCUCAACAGCUCAGACUUCCUCUCUUUCUCUCUCCUCUUCUCUAACACAUUGUUUGGCAACCCAAAAAAAUACUCCAAUUAAAUUGGUGGGUCCUAAUUGGAAUUUGGGAUUCCAACAAGUUAGUUUUUUUUUUGCAGCAGAAAAAAAGUUGUAAUUUUCCAACUAAGAACGUGGCUUACGGUUUUAAGCACCUUAAUUUCUCCAUUUGCAGUUAGUUUCUUCUCCACUCUCGCUUUCUCUCUCCUCUUCUACAGUUUUUUUGGGGUUCAGUGGAGCAUUUCGUCGAGAAGGUGGUGGGCGGUUACUUUUUAUGUUUGUGGGGGUGCGAAAUUUUUGAGUUUUUUGGGAAUUGAUUGGGUUUGUUCAUCUGGGUUUGUGAUUUUUGGAUCUUUCAAUCAAGAUUCUCUUGUAGACGUGGCCAGAAAGGAAAGAAGGCUAGAAUUUGUUUUAAAAAGCAGUGUCGUUGGGAAAGAGAGAGAUUCUUGUCAUCCCGAAUGAACUUGAUUAGGUGCAGUUGAGCAUGGAUUAUUCUGACAGAAACAAAGAUGAUCCCAAGGAAGGAGAUCUAUUCCAGAGCUAUAGUAAUAUCCAUGGAUCAGCUGACCAAAGUGCUUUAUAUAUUUCAGAUUCUAAAGCACAGACCUUGGUCAAAGGUGGAAAACCAGGGAAGACUCUGAUUCUGAAGUUGAUACAGUCAGAAACUUGUGAAAGCUGGUUUCAGGAGUUGUUCCACAGACGAUCUCGUGGUUUAGGGGUUAAAAUCCCGAAGCAACUAGUAAGUCUAGAUGAGAAGUAUUUUAAGCGCUGCUUGGAACUCAUGCAUAUGAAUGUGUUGAAAGGAGGUCCAUGUUCUCUAUCUGUAGAGUUGGGUUCUUUUGAUUUGGGAUUUGUGUCUGAUUAUGCAACAGUUGGGAGAAGAAGUUCGUUAGAUGUGACAAGUUAUGCAGUUGACUAUCCAAUCGCCGUUGGGAUUGGAGAUUUAGGUUUGAGUCCCGGGGAUGAAGAAAUUGUUGGUUCUGUUAUGGGAAGCAAUAGUAUGAUGAGAAUAUUGAAAAGCCCUUUGUUUCAAAGAUUAGGGAUUUUAGAUCAUAAUGUGAGUCUUGGAGGAACUAAUUUAUCUAAAAAUAAAAAGUACAGUCCUUCAGAUUACCAAGGUUCUCCGAGUCGGUUAACUUCUAGUUUCUCUAAUAAGCUUGGAAAGGACUCCUCGCCUCUUAAAAACCGGGGGUAUAGAUCAGGUUCUGUACAGAGAAGCCCUAUUUCCAUAUCAAGUGGAGCUUCUGUGCUCACUGAUCAGAGUUCCGAGUCUUCUCUUUCUCCAUCUGGUUCUCAAGGAAUGCUUCAUUUUACAUGGGAUAACGGAGUUCCACAUUUUACUUUCACUUUGGAUGAUCAGAAAGAAGUUUAUGUGGCGAAUGCAUGGAGAGUUGAUGCAACCAUCAAUAAGGCACUGGACUAUGUCUACUCGUUUCAUUUGAAAUCAAGUAGCACCAAAUUGUUUGAUAUUUCUGAUAGUCAGCCAGAUUUAAUAGGCAAGAUGAAGGUUUCAACUGCCUUUUCUCUGUCAACGGGUAAUUCUAGAAUUAUGGAGACCGAAUUUGUUCUGGUUGAUUCUAACGAAAAUCAGGUAAAAGAGGUACAACCAUUCUCCCGUAACAGUAGGCAAAGCAGGAAAUUAUCAAAGGUGAUGGAUGUGUUCAAGGCUGGUCACUCAUUGAAGCAGAGAACCCACUCUUUGUUUGGUGGCUCAAGUGCUAUUCCUGAAGAUUUUUCUCCAGAAAAGGGGUUAGAAGCAUGCUGCAACUCAUAUCAAGAAUGCAAACUUGUUCUUUCGGAAAAUGAUUUUUUACCGAAUCUCGAAAUGGCUGCAGUUGUUGUGAAAGACCAGCUACAAGAAGAGGAACAUCAGACGGAAAAAAGGGGAGGUUGGGGACUCAACUUUCUCAAGAAAAAUGUUGCUUCUUCAGAAUGUUGUGUAAGCAAUGUUGGGGAUUGUUCAAGCAGUAUGGAUAUUAUAGUGCCUGCAGGUCACCAUGGUGGGCCAAGAACGAGGAGUGGAGGACCAAAUAGUCUGAUAGAGAGAUGGAGAUCAGGUGGAAACUGUGAUUGUGGUGGCUGGGACACUGGUUGUCCUCUGAAAAUCCUUCAAGCUAAGCCAAGGAGAGAAGAGGGUUGGCCGUCUUCUGAGGCACAGGGGGACUGCAAAUCAUUUGAGAUGUUCACAGAGGGGUCAGCUCAUGUAAUACCCCCUUUAAAAAUGGUGAACAUACGUGAAGGCCUGUACUUCAUCAGCUUCCAGCCCUCUUUCCUGUCACCUUUGCAAUGCUUUUCGAUUGCAGUGGCAAUUAUUCAUUCUCAGACCCCAAGCUUGCGUCCGAAACAUGUACAGGACUGAUAUCAUGAAAGGAUGGACAUUUUUUUUUCCUCCAUAGAUUUACCUAGAUUAGCAUUGUAUGUGUGUUUAUAGCUGCAGCAAAGUCAGAAUUAGGUUAAUUAUACAUGAUUUUUUUAGUGUCAUUAAUUUUCUUACAUUAUAUAGGGGGUAAUUUGUAUUUAGCUAUGUUAAUUGAUGUGUGGGUAAGCCGGUAAAGGCAAAUUUAGAUGAACAACUGGUUAUACCUUGUGCAAGGUUGUACGAGAUCUCCGUAAAGACAAAUGGGGUCAUAAACACUUCAACAUAAGUAGUGUAAAAUGGCCUGUUUUUUUUUUUGUUCCCUUCUUUUUUAGCCCAAUGUAAAAGCUUCUGAUUUGUACUAAGAAAAAUAAUUUCUUGUAGUCAAUGAUUAAAUGGAAGCCUCAUAUUUUAUUGUU